AGAUUGUAAUACGCAUGGAAGCACUAGUUUCGGUAUUCAGAAAAGGGAACGUAUGGGAAAGUAUUUUCUUCGUCUGUUACCCUGUCAAAAUACUUGAUUAAAAUUCGACCGUAUUUUAACACCUCAUAUGAUAGCAAAAAAUGACUCCUGAUAGAAAAAAAGACUUUGUUUGCCACAAUCACAUUGUGACUAAUUAAAUUCUAUAAUUUUCUAAUUCAUACCUCAAACGAAAAUAACUUUAUUUAUUAUUAUCUUUAUCUCUUUAUCACUUAUAUAUCUACCGUAUAUAUUUCUUUCCUCAAUAUAUAUCCUACAAAUAUCAUUCUAAUCUAAGGGUGGGUGGAAGGGCCAAUUCUAUCGACUUGUGAUGAGUCGUAAGAUGAUACACCCGUAAAAAAACUAGGACAUGUGAUUAAGGCGCGCCAAAGAAACAAAAUAAAUUUCUGUACCUGUAACGGUCUAGUUCCUACGGUUUUCUGUCUUUUAACAACAACUUUACUUAACCAUUAAAGCCUAUCAGAAAUAUUGCAGCUCGUGGAUUCAUACAAUCAUUUUUGUUAGUAAAUUUCUAAUGGUUAUCAUUGCUACCCAUAUUUUUUAGUCCUUGUGGUCCGGCCGGAAUCAUUGUCUGUAUUCAUUAUACAUCCCUCAAUGAAUACAAGAGAUGUGGUAGGAGGGGAGGAGGUGUUGUGGAGAUUUACCGGACUUCAUCUCGUGUUUAUCACCUGCAUUCUUACUCUCACCCAAAUCAAUCUUUUCGACCAUUAUUAUUUUCAAAAACGUUUGAUGACGCCUUCACGUAAAUUAGGUUUAACUCUGGGAAACAAAACAAAGAUAAUCAAAUAAACAGAAAUACAAUUAAUGACAUCACACACUGUCAUAUAAUUACCGCUCCAUUAGUCAUUGCUGGAAGCACCACAAUUAAAACAAGGAAAAUGAUUAGCUCGUUAAAAAGAAUGUUAACAUUAUUAUAAUUUCAUAACUUAUUCGCCAUUGGUCAAAUGUGUGUUGCUUCUCGGCGCUUUAGGAAAACACACUUGGAUGCAGAGGAGAAGCAAAUAAUUAAUAUAUUAGAAUCAACAUUAUAUAUAUAAACAUACAUAAAAAUUGCGUAUAAGUGGAUAUUUUUUUGGUUGAUUUGAUUAAAUUAGAAAAGAUAUUCUACAAAGAAGAACUUUCUCACCACUAUAUCACAUAAUUUUGUUCUCAUAAGAUUGAAAGAGAAAUGUUAAGGUGUCCAGCAAUUUCUAAAUCAAUUGGACUGCUAUUUAUAGUACUGGGACUUAUUUUCACUAUCUAUGGUCACAUCGCUGAUCAACGCUGUUGCGAAGAUGAUGCUGAAAAAGAAGAAGAGGAUAUUGAAUACGAAAAUAAAGGCAGUGUGAACACGGAUGUUAUUAAAUACUCGAAAAACAUCGGACCCGUAGUUAUAAUUGUUGGGUUUAUUUUCAUUAUUGUGUCUAUCGUAUUUGAAAGGCGAUACCAUGAAAGUCCUAAAAACAAUAACACCAGCGACAACACGAACAAUGCUCAGCUGGGGGCACUUGAUUUACUGACCGAUAUUGAAAUCAUGAGCAGAAAUCAUGUUGCUAGACAACAAAGAAUACAUAGUUUUUCAACCAUGUCUGUCAUGGACUUGUCUCAUAGAAAUUCUAUUUUACCGAUACUACCGAGCUACGAAGAGUCGGUUGUUUAUUUAGGUGCGAACUCUCCUUCUUUGCCAUCAUAUGGUUAUUUGGACACUUCUCCUCCUGCAUACGACAGUGUGAUUUCAUCGACGUAAAACACGGGACAUAUUACAGGAGACUUAUUAACGCAUGUGCAGUGAAUAAAGUAAUAUAAAGCUUUGUAUCGACAUACAAUAUCGGUAAAAAUUUUAACAAUUAGACAUCUAAAUGAUGUGGAAUCUCAAAACGUUGGCAAGAACCACAUUUUGCUAUGAAAAAUGCUAUGUUCAAUCAACUUAAAAUACCAAGGUGAUACUUUGGUAUGAGCGUUGAGGCAGCCCCCUAGCUACCUGAAAACAGAAUAUCAAAUCUGGUUAAUUUGUAUCUUAGAUCCGCAGGUUAUGAAUAUUAAACUGGUUAAUGCUUGUCUCGAUACAAACCAUCUCUCAUUAACAAUAAUGGCGGACGCCUUAUUGUCGCAAUUCCAGCAGAGACAAAGCGGAUGUGGCUUAAUCAUCUGCUCAAUUAUUUCAAAUUGUUGUUUAUACUUUUCUGUGUUGAUAUUAUUUAUUUAUUAAUUUAUUUAUGUUGUCAAAAAAGAAAUUAUUAGAAAAUGUGAAGUUUUAUUGGGAAACAAAUGCAUUGUAUUUCCUGUAUAUGGCCGUUUUUAGAAAAUGACAAUUCUGUUCUGU